AUGGUCGUUUGGCAUUCUCGACGAAGUAUCGUGGCGUUAGCGUGGCUGUCGAUCGUUCUGACCUGUUCAGCCACUCGUCGCGAGGAUCUCGAGAGGGCUGCGGAGUUGGCAGUGGAGAAGGCAGCCGAGAGGGCAGCAGAGAGAGCCGUGGAGAAGGUGCUGGAAAGCGGCAAUUCCACCACGGAAACGAAAACCGUACGAGAAUCGUACUCCACGGUCCGGAAGGCUCCGUACAACAGGAAAUUCGAGGGCCGCUCAUCGUCGUUAGAGGACGAAGGUGAAAAAGAGGACGACACGGUAGAUUCGUGGAGAUACGUUUCGAGGCUAUCGGGAUCGAGACUAACGGGAGGAUGGUUGGGCAAUGUCGAGGACGAAUGGAGAAGAUUUCCGAGAAGCGAAUCGUUCCACGAGAUUUCGUCGUGGCAGCGGCCGAGAGCGGUAACCGUGGAGAAGAAGGUGCCGGUACCUGUUACCGUCGAAAAGAAGGUACCGUAUCCGGUGUAUCAACACGUACCGUACGAAGUGAAGGUGCCUGUACCGCAACCGUACAUCGUCGAGAAGAGAGUCCCGUAUCCUGUCAAAGUGUUCGUCAACGUACCCGUCGAGGUGCCUGAACCGUACACCGUCGAGAAGAAAGUACCUUACGAGGUGAAGGUGGACCGACCUGUACCGUAUACCGUGGAGGUAGCUGUGCCUCAACCGUAUACCGUGGAGAAAAAGGUACCCGUGGAGGUGCCGGUGCCGGUGCCGCAACCGUACACCGUCGAUAAAACAGUGCCGUACGAGGUGAAAGUGCCGGUUAAAGUUCCUCAGCCUUACCAAGUGGAGAGCAGAGUACCUGUACCGGUGAAGGUGCUGGUGGACCGACCAUAUUCCGUACCGGUGCCUAAACCGUAUCCGGUGGAGAUCGCGAAACCCUAUCCGGUGCCGGUCGAUAAACCGUACGGUGUACCGAUCAAGGUUCCUGUGGACGCACCGUAUUCGGUACCGGUCGAGAGGCCGGUACCCGUCCCGGUAAAGGUACCUGCACCCGAGCCCUACGCUGUCGAGAAACCUGUCCAGGUGGAAGUGAAGAAGCAUUAUCCCGUGCCCGUCAAGGUACCAGUGGACAGACCUUACGAGGUGUACGUGACGAAACCGGUGCCUGUUCCGCUCGAGAAACCGUUUCCUUAUUGGGUACAGGUACCGGUACCUGUUGAUCUUCGCUGGAAAACUGGUUUCAAGGACAGGAAAGAUUCGAACGAGAAACGGCAGGCCGAAAGAUCGCGCAGCAUCUCGAGAUACUUAUCCUAGAAACGUGUUCGCCGGGAAGCGCCUCGAGUACUUUGUUAUUUAUUUUGACUGGAUCCUUGGAUACGAAAGGGUUCAGAAUUCUUCGUGUACAAAAAGAAAAAAAGAAAAAAAGAAAAAAAGAAAAAAAUCGUUUCGAAUACUUUUCACUCAGGAGUAUGUAAGAUUCUAGUAAAUAAGUUUGUAAGGAGAAAUAAAAAGUCGACGUCGUUUUGGUCCUUGUUCUUUCCACGAUGUAAUUUCGUCUCUUUGUUAGAUCAUUCGAUUAACCUGUUUGCUGCUUCGAUAGAAAGUCGUGUACUCUGCGCGUGGUAAUAAGCGUAAGUAUUGCACGGACGAAAGGUUGACGUUUAUAGGGAAGUAUAGCGCCAGAAAGAAAUGUCCGUGUGAACGUUCCGAGCGUAUAGUAGAUAGUACCGUGCAAGUUAUCGCGUGGAAUCGACACGCGACAAGCGGAAUCGCGUUACGGCUCCUGUUACGUUUAACGAAAUUCCUUGCGUGGAAGUGCUCGCUCGUUAACGUCUUCAUCGCGAAUUCUUCACGCGUCGUUCUAUCGUGUACGCUAUAGAAUACGCGAUACGAGGAGGAGCGAUCGCGCUCGCGGAAAUUCCGCUCGUACACCUUUCGCUGAUCGCGAGAAUAGCCGCGAA